AAAAUCUGCGCUGACGUAUGUCCAUGUUGUACAGUCCUAUAUUUUUAUUAAUAUUCUUUUGAAUAUUAUAAGAAAUAUUAUUCUAUCGAGAAUCAAAUUAAAACCGACAAUUUAAAAUGGCAUCUAUGGUUACGUCGUGGAGUCCCGAUAAAAAGCAUACUGACGUGGAAAGAUGGAUAUGUAUAUAUCCUGCAUAUAUAAACUGUAAAAAAACUCUAGCCGAAGGACGUCGUUUACCGAAGUCAAUUUGUGUUGAAAAUCCUACUUACCAAGAGAUGAGAGAUGUGCUUUUACCUUCAGGAUUACACAUUGGUGUUGAAAACAAAUUAUACCCACGCGAACGUAGCAAAGAAAUAUUAUAUAGAGGAAGACUGAGAGUGGAAAUUAAAAAUGAUGAUGGUACACCUAUCAAACCAGAAUUUUCUACUAGGGAAGAUGUCAUGAAAUAUCUAGUGGACACAAUUCCUAAACUUAAAACUAGACAAAACAGACCAGCUGAACAGCAACCCCAGCCUGCACUGCAAGCAGUAAAUAAAAGCAAAGGAAAGAAAGGCCGUCGAUGAUUUCACUAUUGAUUUAUUUCAUUUUAAAUAUAUUUUAAUAUAAUGCA